UUGCCACCUGUUCUCAUUGAAAUUCAGAACGUUGUUAAUAAGGCAUACAUGGAACGUUUAAUUAAAUAUUGCAACUACGUGUGUGACGAAUACAACAACAUAGAGUCGACAGCCCUAACGAUUUGUAAUAAGAAUACAUGGUUAGAAAUUUGCAAUUUGUUUUCAGAUAGUCAUAUAGCUUCAUAA